GGGGCGACCACAGGGCCUUGGGUGAGCAGCCUCCCAGAUCUCAGGUGGGGGGCAGCAACUUCACAGAGCCGAGCUGGGGUGCGAGAGGAGGGCAGAUUCGGGCCAGAUGGAGUUUCAUGAUUGAACUACAUUUCCCAGAAGGCAAUGGGGGGGGGGGGCGUCCUCCAGCACCUGCCUGAUCGGCAGGAGACCUGCAGCUCUGCUCUUCCAUCCGUCUGCUACCAGCAGUAGCUCCAGGUUGCGGCGGAGGCACCAGCACUGGGCGCAAGGCAGGGCACAGCCUGGAGGGGGCGCCAGCCCAUCGCAGGGGGGUUUUACUCUGCGGAGGAGCUCAGCCCCAGUGACACGGUGUGGCUGGGCCCCGGGUCUCUCAGGGCAGCGAGAUUCAGGGGCCGGACGGCCCAGUGGCCCCUCUCCUGCCUAACCGUUCGGCUGCAGAUCACAGACCAUACGCUGCUAAUAAGCCCAUCUGACUCAAGAAUCUCAUCCAGACUUUCUCCUGAAAAUUCCCAGGGUAUCUAUCGGCUUUAUCCAUGAGGCUGGGCAGCUUGUUCCAGGCUCCUACAACCCUUUGUGUAAAGAAGGAUCUUCUCUUCUCAGCCUUAAAUGCACCUGACCGAAAGGGGUUACGCAAUCCUGUCACGGAAAUGGUGUCUAGGAGUGAUUAAACGAAUCAAGUCGAUUAAAAUGUGAAGUCAGGCUGUACGGGACCAUGUGCGCGGGGCAGUGACGUGCGCGCCGCCCGCCUCCUGUUUCCUGUCUCGGCGGUGAGGUAGGCGCCGGGAGCGCGCUUGCGCCUGCGCAGAGCCCGGAACCCUUCCCCGGUGUGUGUGUAUGUGUGUGUGAGUGUGUGUCCCGCAGGCUGGAACAUGGAAGAUGAAGAGGUUGCUGAGAGCUGGGAGGAAGCAGCAGACAGCGGGGAGAUAGACAGGAGGCUGGAGGAGAAGCUGAAGAUCAGCCAGAAGGAGAAGAAGUCCAGCAGAUCUCCCCUGAAGACGGCGAUCGUUAUCCAGGACGACUCUCUCCCGGCCGCGCCCCCUCCUCAGAUCCGGAUUCUGAAGCGCCCCUCCAGUAACGGGUCCCUCGGCGCCUCCCAGGCCGCGCAGCGCCCCCUGCCGCAGGUGAAGUCCCUGGCGCAGCGGGAGGCGGAGUACGCAGAGGCGCGCCGCCGCAUCCUGGGCAGCGCCAGCCCGGAGGACGAGCCCGAGAGAGCGCUGGCCUCUGUGGUGCACACGGAAAGGCUGGUGCGAGUCAGCGCGGGCCCCCCGGAGGAGUCCCGGCCGCACAACCAUGUGAUCCGGCAGCCCGCCGGUCCCGACGGCACACAGGGCUUCCGGCAGCGCAGAUAGAGGCCGGCGCCGCGGGGCGAGGAAGAGAGCGAAGGAGCGAGGCGCCCCGGAACCACGCUGCCCUGCAGGCGGGGGGCAGGUCCCGGGAGGGAGGGAGGAGGGGGUGGGGAAUCAGAGGAGGUCCCCUUGCACUGUGUACCCCUGCAGCCCCCCUCCCUUCCCCUCCGCCCCAUGUGGCUGUCCCUCCCAGGGCAGGGGGGCAGGAGCUGGGGGGCGAUCGCUGACCCAGUUGACACACUGUGAUGACGAAGACGCCGCGUCUUCAGGACUCUGCUCACUGUGACCUCACCCCCCCGCCCUGCCGCCCCUCCUCCCGCGCUCCUCACCUGGCCCACUGUGACUGGCACCCUGUCCGGGCCAGAUCGGGUCGGCCCCGGAUCCAGACCCAGGCCCAGGCCCUGCGGACCUCUGGCUCCGAGAGACGUGGCGAGGAGUGAGAGUGUGAGAGAGAGUGAGGGAGGGAGGGAGGGGUAAAGCUCAGCCCAGUGAAGCAGAGGAAGGCAGGGUUGCCAGCUUUUCCCAGCAAUAACAGUGUCAGUCUUGGUCAUGAAACAUGUCUCCUCUCCCUAAGCCAUCAGACCGUUUAUUUUGCUGUUAUAUUCUGUCUUCAUUUAUUUCUUUUUUUCUGCAAGUCUUUCGGUCAGUUUUUAUUUUUUGUUCUGGGAGGGGAGAGUUCUAUUCAGUGUCCACUCUGUACGGGUCCCUUGUGAUUCUGACUUUACUUUUAAUUUCUUCUAUUCUACUGCUCCCAGAGUCUUUCCCCCGUUUGUAUUUAAAAAGUAGAAAAUACACACGAAAGCGCCUACAAAUGACCAUACGUGAAUAAUUCAUCCAGUCGAAUCAGUCGGUUUUAAAGCUGUUUUUGGUAGUGAAUAAAAACUAGUUUUAAUUAUUAAAAAAACACGGAAAAUGAAAAAAAGUUGCUUUGUAAAUAUGUACAGCCUGAGAGAAGAUUAAAGGGGUGAGAGACUGAGGGAGAGAGGGCAGAGGUCAGUCUGAAUGUGGGGGGACUCACUCUCUGUCCUCCAGGACUGGUGUGCUGUAUCACUCCCUGCGCUUUGUGUUCAGGACAGGCUGUUGCGUUGUCUGGCCUCUCCGAGGCGCGGCGCUCCGGUCUGUCUGCCGGUCCCGGUGGGGCAGUGUCCGGGCUGCGGGCCGGAGGGGCGUGCCGGCGCUGGCUGGGGUCGCGGCGCGAUCGCCUGGCGUGUGGGUGGGGCCUGUUGGGCUUGCCCUGCUGGGGGGUCACUGCGAGGUGCUGGUGAUGUAGUGAGCGGCUGUGGAACCUGGAGGGGGUGGAAUCGGCCCCCAGACAGGUGCUGGAGCCCGGGGGAGGCGCUGGAGGUCAUGGGGGUGAUGGGGAGGUCUGUAGAAUAGGGGUGCAGCUAGGGGCCUGUGGACGUGUGACUUGUGUGUUGUAGCUGACCAGCCCUCUGCUGCACUGACGCCUCACUCCAAGCAGCAGCCCCAGCCCUCCUGCUCUCCUGGUGCUCCAAGACCUAACAGAACUUCAACUGACAGUCAUUUUGCUUAAUUAGACAUUUUUAUUUUUUCAUUCCUACCAAAAAAAAACAACCUGUUUGCGCGUUUGAAGCUUCUAGUGUUUUUUUUUUAAUGGUAAUUAAACACGGUUCAGAGCAGAGAGCAGUUUAAAAACUGGUUUCAAGCGCAGAACGUGUGUGUUAAGUGAACGGAUCAGUGAAGCAGUCCGGCUGCAGGGGUGAGAUGGGGGACAGCAGGGUUCAGGGUUCGAGUUGAGCCCAACUCUGUGGCGGAACUGAUUCCCAUUUUGUUUCUCCUUAGUGCCUGGCUUUAAAGAGCUGUGUAUGUGGGGAGGGGGGUGUCCCCAAAACGGCAAGCUUGCAGGUGAGCCUCAUUGUCAUGGAAGCCCCUGCUCCUGACCCCAGUUCCAACCCAGCUCUGUUACUGCCAGCAACACUCGAGGCGCAGCGCCCUGUGUUGUGAUCCAGAGUGUGGGGGUGCAGUGUUGCCCCCAGUGUGAAGCCCAAGACCGGGCGCCUCUGUGGCAGCAGGACCGAUGCUCCGGGUGAGAGGCGUCUGCCCCCGCUGGGUCCUCUGUCUUCGCUGCCAGUUACCCAGGGAGCUGGCCGGGAGACAACAGCACCAGGCGUCACUGGUGUAGACUUGGGUGAACAGCCCUGGACAGUCUCUUUUUUUGGGGGGGACACCCAGUGCGAUGCCCUGGUGAUGGGGUUCCCGUCUGCCGGUGUGACAGUCCGGAGGGGGGCGUGCAGACUCAGAGUUGGGAACAUUGUGGUUUAAUAUCUCCGAUUUUGCUGUAGGGUUUGAGUGAAACCUCCGGUUUCUACCCAAACAAAACCACCAAUGCAGAGCAGCCUGUAAAUACUUCAAAAGCCCUUUAAUAAAAAAUAAACGAAUGCUGUA